ACGCGGGAAAGCAACGAAGUCGCGCGGGAAGGCAAAGCAUGCAAAAUCCUCUCUCUUCGCUCUCCGCCCCAAAACUGACCCACCGCAAACCCACCGCACAGUGCCAACCUGGUCCUCCCAUAGCUGUUGAUCAUCAACAUGCAUUUUCACAUCGUAUUGGUCGCGGUCCGCCAAACAUGGACCGAGUUCCGUAUCCUCGUGGUUAUGAAGGACCGCAUUCUCCAAGAUCAUGGAAUUCUCAGGCAGUUAACAGAGGAAAUCCAGGGACAACAGCUGAUACAUUUAAUUUGCCUUCAAGAAAUAACACUCCUGGGAUGAAUGGAAACCAAUCACAGAAUCCAAAUAGCUCAACCUUUGAGAUCACCAUCCCUCAUAUGUAUUUGAUCCAUGUGUAUGGAUAGAACAACA